CGCAUAUAGUCUUUUUCCAAUCGCAUUUACUUGUUUGUACGUAAUUUCAUAUUUUCGCACUAAAAAACCAGCGACAGCGAAUCAUUCAGUGUCAGUCGUUCGGUGUUUAAUAUUAAAAAGAGAAGAAUAUUUUGACUUUGUCAUAAUAAUUGUUUACUUAAUUCGUAGCGAUUGAUAACGUCAACCGGAAUUCGGUGUUUUAACGUGUGAAAUAUUGAUUUGAGGUCAGCGUCAAUUGAUUCCGUAACGAUGGCAGAAAUUUCAGGCUUAUCAAAUUCCGAAGUUAACGAAUUGUGUAAACCGGCCGAUCCGGCAACAAAGGAUUUUCUGUUUCAACAAACGAUGUAUCGCAUUAAAGAUCCGCGCGCAUCAUUGCCUUUCUAUACCGGUGUGCUGGGUAUGACAUUACUACAAAAAUUGGACUUUCCCGAAGCAAAAUUUUCGCUGUAUUUCUUGGGUUACGAAAAUGUAGCCGAUGUUCCAACUGCCAACAAUGCUGAACGCACAAAAUGGGCCAUGUCACGCAAAGCAACCGUUGAACUGACACAUAACUGGGGCACUGAAUCGAAUCCAGAUCAGAAAUAUCACGAUGGCAAUUCGGAUCCACGCGGUUUUGGUCACAUCGGAAUUAUGGUGCCGGACGUUGAUGCGGCUUGUGAACGCUUCGAAACACUUGGUGUGACAUUUGUGAAGCGCCCGAACGAGGGCCGAAUGAAGGGAUUGGCUUUCAUCAAGGACCCAGAUGGUUAUUGGAUUGAAAUUUUUAACGCAAACACCGUUUGUGCUUAAUGCAAAACCAUGUGAGAAUAGAUAACAAUGGAUGUGAACAAAACCGCCGCCGUCUAUGAAUUCAAUUCGAUACGCGCCAUUUGAUUUGAUCACCGAUAUUUUUUUAACCAAAAACUUGAUAAUAAUUAACGAGAAUGAAAUCGAAUGGAAAACUAAUAAAUACAGAUUUUUAUGUCAUUUUUACACACACACACACAGUAACAUACAAUCGAAACAUAUUUUGUUAAUUUUUAUACACAAACUCACACAUUUGUAAUGCAGCUAGCAGCCAUUUUGGCACAGCGGCUUUAAAUUAUUAUCAACACCUAUGAUCAAGGGUGAAACGAAAAACAUCCUAAAAAAACCUAAAAAUUUCCUCAAAAACCCAAAAAAAAACAUCCUAAAAAACAGAUUACAGUUACAGUAUAUUUUACUGAGUUGUCUCAUUGCCAUUGAAAUAUAUAAUUAAACAUACAGUUACUCACAAAAUUGUUCAAUGUGUCCAAAACGCAUAUUUUCUAUAUCGCAUGAGACAGAUAUGGCGAUAUUAUCGUGUGAUACUUGCUUACGUGCGUCUCAUAUUCAUCAUAUUUCGUCAAAAAAGAAACAUUCUGCUAAAUCUAUUCGUAAUGCUCAAUUUUAUGUUACAAAAUAUCGCUGAUAACAUUUGAUACUGUCGUUUUUACAAUCUAAGAAAUUUCCGUUCAUUUCGUCUAUUCCACAGUUCUCUGUUGAGUCACACUUUAAUCAUUUCCUUCUUCAAUUCUACAGCAUCAAAAAAACAUUUUCGUUAGUUUUAUCAGAAAAUGAUUUCAUUUUAGUUAUCAACAACAAACAAUUUCGAAGAAAACAACGAAAAUCAUUUCGAUUGGUAUAAAAUUUAAAAAAUUGAUUGGAAAUGAUUUUCGUUGUUUUCUUCGAAAUUGUUGUUCAUUUUUAGGUUUUUUAAGAAUGUUUUUUGUACUAUUUUUCGGACGAAAUUAGGGUCUUUUAGGUCGAUUUUUGUAUUUUGUCAGGACGAUUUUUGUGAUAUUUAGGAUGAUUUUCAUAAUUUAUAGGACGAUUUUUGGUUUUUUUUAGGACGUUUUUCGUUUCACCCCGAUAUCAACACAACUUUUUCCAAACCAACAAACGGGAGAAGAAAAAAAGCGAAGAGAAAAUUGUUAAGUUUCUUGUGAUUUUUUAAUUUUUCUUCGGAAAUUGUGAAAUAAAAACUGUUUGGCAUUUUUUUUUAAACUAGAAUAAACCUGUAAUAGAUAAAGCUUAA